AUGCAUCGCACCUUGACCCAGACACCAGAGGAGCGGCCCCUCAGCGCCCCGCCACCUGCCGAUGUGGAUGCUGUCAACGGCCAGCCUCCGGAUCAACGUCCUCGCCAUGCACAGCCGAGAUCACUUGGUGAAGCUCUGCGGGAGGCAGGCAUAUCGUUAGAAAGCUCUGCUACUGGAUCCGAAACACCCAGCGAAGAGGAUUACGAUGAAAAUGUGCGACCUGCAUAUGACAUCAAGGGCAAGGAUGAGCAGGAGUUGAGGAAGAGAAAGCCGGGGAGACGAGUCUCGAAAAAGGAGCUGCUUUCUGCACAAGUUGACUCGACUAUAGUUCGAGAUGGCUCAGGUGGAAUAAGAAUAUAUCCCGAAAACGACCUGGCUUUGCAAAAAUUUCUGCAGCGCACCUCGGAAAGCGUCAAGUAUCCGGACAAGGCCAUAAAGCAGAAGCGGAAAUUCCGUGACCAUCUUUUCACACAUCAAUUUUCGGCAUUUGAUUCGCAUAAUUCGGUGGCGGCUAAUAGUCCUUUUCAUGGAUUUUAUACGCUCUUUUGGCUGGCUGUGGCAUUGUUUGUAUUGAAGAUAUCCGUGACUAAUUGGAGGGUAUAUGGUACGCCGCUGGGAUCGAAUGAGAUUAUGAAGACAAUGUUUCACCGCGAUGUUAUUGUCCUUUUGCUCUCGGAUGGAGUCAUGUGUGGACUUACUGGCGUGAGCUGGCUCAUCCAGAAACUGGUGUACUACCAGGUGCUCGAUUGGGACAGCAGUGGGUGGAUUGUGCAAAAUAUCUGGCAAACUAUGUUCAUCACCGGCAUCAUUGGCUGGACGCACGUCCGCAAUUGGCCGUGGACACAUACCGUUUUUUUUGUACUUCAUGGCAUCAUCAUGCUUAUGAAGCAGCAUUCUUACGCAUUUUACAAUGGACAUCUCUCCACGGUUUACUCAAUGCGAUUAUUCCUUCUAUCAAAGCUCAAGCAACUCGACCUAGUUCAUCCAUCAGAAAAGACGUCAUCUGCUGUCCCAACCGUCUCCAGUCUGUCAACCGACCAUCUUCGAGUUCCACCUACCGCCGUGGAGCGCCGCCAUUCUCUCUCGCAAGUGCCCAAAACUGAAGAGACUGAUAUUGACAAGAUUGCUAAAGCAAUUGCUUCUCGUGAACCUCUAAAUGAUGAGCAAAUCGAGACGUUUGAACGAAUCAUCAAGUGGGAAGUCGAUGCCCUGGCAGACGAACUUAGAGGAACAUCGAGUAAUCCAAACAAAGCAUAUCCGAACAAUUUGACAUUCUUGGGACACUACGAAUGGAUACCUCUACCAACGCUGGUUUAUGAACUGGAAUAUCCUCGGUCACAAGAAAUCAGCUGGAAGUAUGUUGCAGAAAAGCUGGUCGCCAUGGUUGGUGUAUUGUUCGUGAUGAACCAAGUCGCACAAUAUUCCAUAUAUCCCGUGGUAAUGAAAACCGUACAGAUGAAGGAAAAUGGACUUCCACUAGCUGCUCGGUUUCAAGAAUUCCCUCUACUCUUGCUUGACCUCAUCUUCCCCUUCAUGAUGGAGUAUCUACUCGUCUGGUAUCUAAUUUGGGAAACUAUUCUCAACGUCCUCGCCGAACUCACGUAUUUCGCUGACCGUAGUUUCUACGACGCCUGGUGGAAUAGCGUAUCCUGGGACCAAUUUGCCCGCGAUUGGAACCGCCCCGUACACGUCUUUCUCCUCCGCCACGUUUACCACUCAUCCAUCUCAUCCAUGAAGGUCAACAAACAUACAGCCACGCUCAUCACCUUCUUCUUAUCAGCCUGCAUUCACGAACUCGUCAUGUGGUGUCUCUUUAAUAAGCUGAGAGGCUACUUGCUCGUUUUGCAAAUGUGUCAGCUUCCAUUGGUUCGACUCAGUCGCACAAAGUGGCUCAAGGGCCAAAAGACGUUGGGAAAUCUGAUUUUCUGGUUGGGUAUUUUCACGGGACCAAGCUUGUUGUGCAGUUUGUAUCUCAUUCUGUGA